AUGAGUCCGAUUAAAUUGCUACUACUAGUUUUUGUGCUGGCUCCUGAAGCUUUCGCCGCCAGGCUGCCAAAGCCAGACUGUUCGGUACGUAGCAAUGGCGUGCUCUUGCCGGAUGAAUAUAAUUGUCGGAAAUAUUAUAUCUGUAAAGGACAUAGAGCCUUUCCUCGUAAAUGUCCCAGAGGAUUGCUUUUCGAUUCGGAUACAAACGUUUGUACUUAUGCUGAGCUUGCUAACUGUCGCGUGACCCAUGAUGGUACGAAUGAAGCAGCACCGGCUGACGGCGACGAUGAUGGCGGCUCAGGAGAAUCUUGUACAACUAAACCUCCGCCUUGUGAGACAACAACACCACCUUGUGAAACAACAACACCGCCUUGUGAGACAACAACACCACCUUGUAAAACAACAACACCGCCUUGUGAAACAACAACCCCGCCUUGCGAAACAACAACAACCGCUUGUGCGACAACAAAAUCUACAAAGACAACAACCGAGAAGACAACGAAAACCACGACCCCAAAGACUACAAAAACUACAACACCAGCUUGUGAAACAACAACAACAGCUUGUGAGACAACAAAAACCACAAAGACAACAACCGAGAAGACAACGAAAACCACUACCCCAAAGACAACAAAAUCAACAACUACAACUUGCGAAACAACAACACCACCCUGCGAGACAACAACUGUCGCCUCGUGUUCUUGUAAAACAGUAGCCAAAACGACUACAACUUGCGAGACAACAACACCACCUUGUGAGACAACAACAACAGCUUGUGCGACAACUAAAACUACAAAGACAACGACCGAGAAGACAACGAAAACAACUACGCCAAAGACUACCAAAUCAACAACUACAACUUGCGAGAUAACAACACCGCCUUGUGAAACAACAACCCCGCCUUGCGAAACAACAACAACAGCUUGUGAGACAACAAAAACCACAAAGACAAUAACCGAGAAGACAACGAAAACAACUACCCCAAAGACUACCAAAUCAACAACUACAACUUGCGAGACAACAACACCACCCUGCGAGACAACAACUGCAGCCUCGUGUUCUUGUAAAACACCACCUUGUGAGACAACAACACCACCUUGUAAAACAACAACACCGCCUUGUGAAACAACAACCCCGCCUUGCGAAACAACAACACCACCUUGUGAGACAACAAAAACUACAAAGACAACAACCGAGAAGACAACGAAAGCAACUACUCCAAAGACUACCAAAUCAACAACUACAACUUGCGAGACAACAACACCACCAUGUGAAACAACAACACCACCCUCGUGUGAGACAACAACAACAGCUUGUGCGACAACAAAAACUACAAAGACAACAACCGAGAAGACGACAACCGAGAAGACAACGAAAACCACUACCCCAAAGACUACCAAAACUACAACCCCAACGUGUGAGACAACAACACCAGCAUGUGAGACAACAACAACAGCUUGUGCGACAACAAAAACUACAAAGACAACAACCGAGAAGACAACGAAAACCACUACCCCAAAAACUACCAAAUCAACAACUACAACUUGCAAAACCACAACACCGCCUUGUGAAACAACAACACCACCUUGUGAGACAACAACUCCGCCCUGUGUAGUAACCACUGUUUGUCCUCAAACGCAAUGGGAUUACGAUGACUAUGAUGGUGACAAAAAAAAUAAACAUAUAGUUCGUGUAAAGACUUCUUCGAAAGAUUGUCGUAACUUAGACGACGGCACCUUCCUAGUGGAUGCUAAAUGGUGUCACCGCUUCUACGUGUGCCGUUCUGGCAAAGUGAAGCCCUUAAGAUGUCCGACCGGCUAUUGGUUCGAUCGUGAAUUAGAGACUUGCCGACGCCGUCGUGAAGUCACAAAUUCGGAUNAGAAGACAACGAAAACCACUACCCCAAAGACUACCAAAACUACAACCCCAACGUGUGAGACAACAACACCAGCAUGUGAGACAACAACAACAGCUUGUGCGACAACAAAAACUACAAAGACAACAACCGAGAAGACAACGAAAACCACUACCCCAAAAACUACCAAAUCAACAACUACAACUUGCAAAACCACAACACCGCCUUGUGAAACAACAACACCACCUUGUGAGACAACAACUCCGCCCUGUGUAGUAACCACUGUUUGUCCUCAAACGCAAUGGGAUUACGAUGACUAUGAUGGUGACAAAAAAAAUAAACAUAUAGUUCGUGUAAAGACUUCUUCGAAAGAUUGUCGUAACUUAGACGACGGCACCUUCCUAGUGGAUGCUAAAUGGUGUCACCGCUUCUACGUGUGCCGUUCUGGCAAAGUGAAGCCCUUAAGAUGUCCGACCGGCUAUUGGUUCGAUCGUGAAUUAGAGACUUGCCGACGCCGUCGUGAAGUCACAAAUUGUAGAUAG